ACAGAACUGUCCUCAUCCCCGUACAGAACUGUCUGCAUCCUCGUACAAAACUAUCUGCGUCCCCGUACAGAACUAUCCGCGUCCCCGUACAGAACUGUCCGCGUCCACGUUCAGUGUGGCGCCAAGGAGAUUGUCUGGUUACGCGCAGAGUGGACUGAGGUGAUCUUGGGGAAUAACGACGGAGUUUGUUACAGUGUUGAGACAGUUUACUGUUCAAUUUGCUUUUUUCGUUACGGUCAGAGACAGUAUGAGUGAAGCCAUAUCCUUUUCACUCUCUAUCCUUGUUUCAUUUUGUGGUUCACCGGAUUCAUCAUCAUCGAGACGAGGUACAGACGAACAACCUGCUAGCUAGUCGGUACAGCUCGGUACUCUAGUUAGCUACUCUACCAGCAGCAUCCUAGUUAUCCUAGCCAUUCGGUACAGCUCGGUAAGCUAGCUAGCUACUCUACCAGCAGCAUCCUAGUUACCAUAGCUACCACUACAUCAUCACUGGCUGUCUGCAUUUCUUGUGGACCGAUGGAGCUCCCCGGUUGUUUCUUCCACCUGUUAAAUCCCGGUGAGGCUUCUCCCUCUCUCGUUGACGGAUGCUGGCUACCUCUGUCCGGUUCUCCUCUCUUCACUAGAUGGACGGUAACUUUAGUGUUUAAACCCUCUGUGUCCAAGGACCGAACUUUUGAAUAUUAUUUUCAGGGCGCCUCAAUAGCAGGUAUUGAACACCGGGUAAAUAAUCACUAGUCAGAACUUCAACCUCAGUAUACAUUCAUUAUAAAAAUCAUCUUAAUAUCUGAUAUUGUGAGUUAACAACCUCGAGAGUGCGUCUUCCAGCCCUCCAAUAAAUUACAUCAUUCAACCCUCCUGGUUAGUAAAUUUACCUCAACAUGCCCCCGGAGAAGGCAGAGUAACGACACCAGCCUUUUAGCGGGGCUGACAGACUGACUACAACGCUCGCGUUGCUAAAUUAAUUUCGUCAUUAAACAUGACACACUGCUCGCGCCAACGAGCGUCUAGAAGUCAGUUCUAUUUGUGACGCAAUUCGCGCUGCAUCUCCUCAUUGAUUUAUAGAAGCAGGUACCCACGUGCCAUCUCCUCAUUGGUUUAUAGAAGCAGGUACCCUCAUUUAGCAAAAAAAACAUAACAUAUUAACAUAAACAUAACUUCUUUAAACAAUAAAAGCUCAUUUACGAACAUUUCUGAAAAUUGAUAAAUAUAAAUAUCUGAACAUGAAUUUAAAGCGUUUAAACGUUAUAGAAUGAAACACUUCUUAUGUUUCCCCAUCUGAGCUCAGAGUAGAUGAGAGAUGUAAUGUUUGUCUCUGUUGUGUUGAAGUCCAAUCAAGCAGGAGAGACCAGCCUCCCCUGUACCCAGCUGUGUGUCUAUGAAGAGUGACAAGUCUUUGCGUCAUCCUAUAGAGUUUAGAGAGGGAGACUUUUCUACUGAACAAAGAAACCAGCAGGAGAGAUCAGAGUCAGAGAUUCUCAGUUGUCAGUCUUCCCAGAGUCAUCAAACAGACCUGGCCUCCAUAUUCAGUUUGCUUGAAGAGAAAAUUAUGACAUUUGUGAGGAACGAGCUGAAGAUGUUCAAGAGGAUUCUUAGUCCAGAACUCCCAGAAGGCUUUGAGAGUCAGAAGCAGGAUAAGGAAGUGGUGGAUGCUGAAGAUGAGAAGCAGGAGAGCAGUGCCAGAGAGGGGGCUCUGAAGAUCACACUGCACGUCCUGAGGAAAAUGAACCAGAAGGAGCUUGCUGACACACUGGAGAAAUAUGAUCUUGCUGUGAUUUGCCAACGUGAACUCAAAUCUAGUCUAAAGAAGAAGUUUCAAUGUGUAUUUGAGGGGAUCGCUAAACAAGGAAACCCAACACUUCUCAAUAAGAUCUACACAGAGCUCUACAUCACAGAGGGUGGAACAGGAGAGGUUAAUAAUGAACAUGAGCUGAGACAGAUUGAGACAACAACCAGGAAACAAGCAAGACCAGAGACUGCAAUCAAAUGUAACGACAUCUUCAAACCCUUAACUGGACAAGACAAACCUAUCAGAACUGUGCUGACAAAGGGAGUCACUGGCAUUGGAAAAACAGUCUCUAUGCAGAAGUUCAUUCUGGACUGGGCUGAAGGAAAAGCAAAUCAGGAUGUCCAAUUUGUAUUUUCAUUCCCUUUUCGGGAGCUGAAUUUGAUGGAAGGGGACAAACACACUUUCAUUGAACUUCUUAAUCACUUCUCAAUGGAAACCAAACAGUCAGGAAUCUCCAACUACAACAAGUACAAAGUUCUGUUAAUCUUUGAUGGUCUGGAUGAGUGCCGACUGCCCCUAGACUUCCAGAAGAACAAGAUCUGUUGUGACGUCACAGAGUCAACCUCAGUGGAUGUUCUGCUGACAAAUCUCAUCAAGGGAAAUCUGCUUCCCUCUGCUCUCAUCUGGAUAACUACCCGACCUGCAGCAGCCAAUAAGAUCCCUUCAGGGUGUGUUGACCAGGUGACAGAGGUACGAGGGUUCAAUGACCCACAGAAGGAGGAGUACUUCAGGAAGAGAUUCAGUGAUGAGGACCUGGCCGGCAGAAUCAUCUCACACAUAAAGACAUCAAGGAGCCUCCACAUCAUGUGCCACAUUCCAGUCUUCUGUUGGAUUUCUGCAAUAGUCCUUGAACACAUGCUGAAACAUAAGAGAGAAGAGAUGCCCAAGACUCUGACUGAGAUGUACACACACCUUGUGGUGUCUCAUACCAAACAGAAGAAUGCGAAGUAUCUUGGGAAAGAAGAGACAGGUCCACACUGGAAUAAAGCUAGCAUUCUGUCACUGGGAAAACUGGCUUUUCAACAGCUUGUGAAUUGCAAUCUGAUUUUCUAUGAAGAAGACCUGAAGGAGGCUGGCAUUGAUGUCAAUGAAGCCUCAGUGUACUCAGGAUUGUGCACACAGCUCUUUAAAGAGGAACGUGGGCUGUACCAGGACAAGGUGUACUGUUUUGUUCAUCUGAUCAUUCAGGAGUUUCUGGCUGCUGUAUAUGUGUUCCUCUCAUUCAUCAACAACAAUGAGAAUCUAAUGGACAAACUGCAAUCAACAUCCAGGAACUUUUCUGUGAGGAUCAAACAAAGGCGUAAAGUUACUUUCUACAAGAGUGCUGUGGAUAAAGCCUUACAAAGUGAGACGGGAAACCUGGACCUUUUCCUCCGCUUCCUUCUGGGCCUCUCACUGGAGUCCAAUCAGAAGCACUUACGAGGUCUACUGACAAAGACAAGAAGCAGCUCACAGAGCCAUGAAGAAACAGUCAAGUACAUCAAGGAGAAGAUCAGGGAGAAUCUCUCUCCAGAGAGGAGCAUCAAUCUGUUCCACUGUCUGAAUGAACUGAAUGACCAUUCUCUAGUGGAGGAGAUCCAAAGAUACCUGAGCUCAGGAAGUCUCUCAAAACCCAACCUGUCACCUGCACAGUGGUCAGCUCUGGUCUUUGUGUUGCUGACUUCAGAAAAGGAGCUGGAUGUGUUUGACCUGAAGAAAUACUCCAGAUCAGAGGAAGGUCUUCUGAGGCUGCUGCCAGUGGUCAAAGCCUCCAGAGCUGCUCUGCUGUCAGGCUGUGGAGUCACAGAGGAAGGCUGUGCUUCUCUGGUCUCAGCUCUGGAGUCAAACCCCUCACACCUGAGAGAGCUGGAUCUGAGUAACAAUGACCUGAAGGAUUCAGGAGUGAAGCUGCUCUCUGCUGGACUGGGGAAUCCCCACUGUAAACUGGAGACUCUGAGGCUGUCAGGCUGUCUAGUCACAGAGGAAGGCUGUGCUUCUCUGGUCUCAGCUCUGAGGUCAAACCCCUCACACCUGAGAGAGCUGGAUCUGAGUAACAAUGACCUGAAUGAUUCAGGAGUGAAGCUGCUCUCUGCUGGACUGGGGAAUCCCCACUGUAAACUGGAGACUCUGAGGCUGUCAGGCUGUCUAGUCACAGAGGAAGGCAGUGCUUCUCUGGUCUCAGCUCUGAGGGCAAACCCCUCACACCUGAGAGAGCUGGAUCUGAGGUACAAUCACCCAGGAGACUCAGGAGACAGACUGCUCUCUGCUAGACUGGAGGAUCCACACUGCAGACUGGAGAAACUCAAUGUGGGACAUGGUGGAGAGAACAGAAUGAAACCUGGGCUUAGAAAAUAUGUCUGUGACCUCACACUGGACCCAAACACAGUAAACAGACUCAUCUCUCUGUCUGAAGAGAACAGAAAGGUGACACGGAGGACAGAGGAGCAGCCGUAUCCUGAUCACCCAGAGAGAUUUGAGGACUGUAGACCGGUGCUGUGUAGAGAGGGUCUGACUGGGCGCUGUUACUGGGAGGUAGAGUGGAGUGGAGGGGCUGUUAUAGGAGUGACAUAUAAAGGAAUCAGCAGGAGAGGAGAGGUUAGGGACUGUUGGCUUGGAUACAAUGACAAGUCCUGGAGUCUGUUCUGCUCUGACAACAGUUACUCUGCCUGUCACAAUAAUAAUCCCACUACCAUAGACGUCCCCUCCUCCAGCUCCCACAGAGUAGGGGUGUAUCUGGACUGGCCAGCCGGCACUCUAUCCUUCUAUAGAGCCUCCUCUGACACACUGACCCACCUGAUCACAUUCACCUCCAAAUUCACUGAGCCCCUCUAUCCAGGGUUUAGGGUUCAUGAUGUUGACUCUUCAGUGUCCCUGAAAUAAUAACCUGACACACACACUGAGACACACAAACACACACACAGAGACACACACAGAGACACACACACACACACACACUGGACCGACACACACACACACACACACUGAGACACAUACACACACACACACACACACACACACACACACACACUGAGACACAUACACACACACACACACACACACACUGGACCAACACACAUACACACACUGGACCCACACACACACCCACACACACACACUGAGACACACACACACACACACACUGAGACACACACACACACACACACACACUGAGACACACACACACACACACACACACACACUGAGACACACACACACACACACACACACACACACACACACA